ACUCUGACAACAUGAGUGGAAGAGGCAAAGGAGGAAAGGGACUCGGUAAAGGAGGCGCUAAGCGCCACCGUAAAGUGCUCCGUGAUAACAUCCAGGGCAUCACCAAACCCGCCAUCCGUCGUCUGGCUCGCCGCGGCGGAGUGAAGCGUAUCUCCGGUCUGAUCUACGAGGAGACCCGCGGUGUGCUGAAGGUGUUCCUGGAGAACGUGAUCCGUGAUGCCGUCACCUACACCGAGCACGCCAAGAGGAAGACGGUGACCGCCAUGGAUGUGGUGUACGCGCUGAAGAGGCAGGGCCGCACCCUGUACGGCUUCGGAGGCUAAACCAGACCCGCUGCCCCCCCAACACAACGGCUCUUUUAAGAGCCCCCCACUUUAUGUAAAGAGCUUAUUCCUGUUCAUCCAGUCGUGAAACGCAAUUUGUCUGUUUUAUUAUAAUGUAUAUAAUAUAUUAUGAAGACGUUGAUUUGUCCAUUGUAUGCACGUGAUGCUCAGCUAUUGGAUAGAAGUUGUCAAAUCUUUACAAUGUACGGGUUCAUUUAGUAAUCUGACCAGGGAUCGUAUUUCUUCCACAACUGCCAACAAUCAGCCCACACAUUAGCUACGUGUAUUCAGUAUAUGGGGGAUUCUUCAACUAUUGUCCUUUGUGUCCCUGGUAGAAAAACUAAUACACGUUUCCUAUUUAUGUGACUCACUUAACACCAAAAGGAACAUACACAAAUUAAAUCAUAAACCAGUCAUAUGUAUUACAUAAAAAGUGUCCUUUUAUGUGUUCUUGCUGUAUAU